AUGGACGACCCGCCGCGCCUUGACUCGGACGAAGCUCUGCGAGAGGGGAUCUCGGCGAGAAAUCCUGGUUUUCAAUCCCCCUCCGACUUGUCACCUUGGCCGAGGGGAUCCCCUCCGCAGGCAAUCGCAGCCGCAGCCAAGGCAGAGGUUGCAGCAGCAACAACAGCAGUAACGGCAGCAGCAGCAGCAGCAGCAGCGGCAGCAGCAGCGGCAGCAGAGGGGCGGCAUGCAGCGCCGUUCCUAGUGGACGACCUGAUGGGCAUGGAGCAGCUGAGCCGCGUGAUGCGGGGCGGCAAUUACCGCUGCAACCGCUGCUCCGACCCCGAAGUGUUUCUCUCCAAGCACGAGCGCCUGGAGAACUCACCUCUUCCGCUCACCGAUCCCUUGCGCACGCGUCUCCAGCAGCUACUGUCGCGACACCCGCAGCACGUGAGCGCGCUUCACUUGCCCAUGGAAGGAGCAAGCUCAGGCGGAGCAGAUGAGGGAACGAGUUGUCCGCAUCUACGAUCGCUGCACUUCAGCCUCUGUAGCAACAACUACCUCACAAUGAGUGAAGAAGUAGCUGCCUUGCUCUCCCAUCUCGCCCACCUCUCCCUGCCUCUCUCCGACCUCCCGCCUUACCUCCUUCCCCACCUCUCCUCCCUCCGCUCCCUCCGCCUCUCCCUCUCUGCUCCCCACCAUCCGCUCCUCCUCUCCGGUCGCCCCUUCCACUCUCUCUCCCGCCUCUCCCUCCUCCACCUCUCCCUUGGAGAAAGUGUGGAAGGAGGAGGUGGUGAGGAGGAGGAGGGAGGCGGAUGGGUGGGCGAUGGGUGGGCUGGGGAGGACUCGGUGGUGGGGUGGCUGCCUGCCUCGCUGUGGUCGCUCACGCGCCUGCAGCAGCUCACCACCAACGUGGGAGGCGAGUGGCACUGCACGGGCCUCAACGCCCUCUUCCCCCCCCACGAUUCUACACACCCGCACCAGUGCCACCGGCAGUGCCUAGCCGCCCUCCCGAACCUGACCUCUCUCUCCCUCCUUGCUCACCGCACCUUCCCUCCCUGCCUCUCCUCCCUCUCCUCCCUCACUCUCCUCUCCAUCCCCCUCGCCUCCCCUCUCCACUGCCCCGCUUCUCUCGCCCUCUUUGCCCACUGGCCCCGUUUGUCUCAUCUGCACGUGAGUGGUGAGGGUCCCGCCAAACCUACCUUCUGCCACACCAAACCUGCAACUGGUCACACCAAACCUCUCUUGUGCCCCGAAGCAACCCUGUCGUCAGCCUCCCUCCGCCACGUCACUCUCACGGGGACAGCUGGCGUCAUCCCAUUGGCGGUGUGGGGGCGGCUGUGCCCUCAGCUGCAGUCGCUCAAGAUCCACGGCUCGCCCCGAGUGGCUGUCCGUGGGUUGGGGGAGGCGAAAGGGGAGGGGCAUGGUGAGGGCGCUCGUGGUGCGGCAGAGACGGCAGCUGCGUGCUUCUUCCCUUUCCUUGAGGAGCUUGUGCUGUGCAAUGUGCGCAUAGGACCAAGCUAUGCACACUCGCAGAAGCAGCAGCAGCAGCAGCAGCAGCACACGCUCGCAUUCAUGGGCCUUCUGCCGCGCCUGACCCACUUGGCCAUUCAUGACACCCGAUGGCCUUCCCACCCCGAAAUGCACGCACCCACCAUCCUGCCGCACCUCCUCCCCAACCUCACCUUCCUGCGCAUCCACUCCCCCCCACGUGCCCCCCUGCCCGUGCUGCCCCACCUGCGCACGCUCAUAGUGGGGUCCUACCCGCACUCCUCGCGCUUCCUCGCCUCGCUCGCCCUCUUCCCCGCCCUCACUGCCCUCCGCAUCUUCAACCUCUCCACGCACAACUACCACUCCGCCCUCUCCUGCCCUCCCCACCUCAAAUCGCUCCAAAUCUGCCACUCCCACACUCCCCUCCUCCCCGACUGCCUCCGCCUCUUCUCCUCCCUCACUCGCCUGCACCUCUUCCAGUGUACCCCGCUCCGCGCCCUCCCCUCCUUCCUCUCCUCCUUCUCCUCCCUCACCCACUUCUCCUUCAACCGUGGCUCUGUUGUGACGCCUGUGGGGCUCGAAGGGCGUGGUGCAGCGGGUGCAGAGUCCUGUGGAGCAGGCGAGAGUGAGACUGACUCCUGGCGCUCAUGCAUCCCCAUCUGGUUCGCCUCGCUCCCCUCCCCCUCCUCCCUCGCCCACACCCUCGCCCACUACCCCAACCUCUCUACGCUCGCCCUUCCCCUCGUCUCCACCACGGCCUGCCCCCUCCGCCCCUCCCAUCUGCGCUCUCUGCUCGCUGCUGCUGCCGCUCUCCCUGCUCUCACCUCCCUCUCCUUGCUCCUGGAGCCCGGCUUUACAGCCAACUGCGAGUGGGGGUAUGGGCGAGAGGACUUGUGGGAGGACUGGCGGGAGGAUGCUGUGGUGGAGAGGAAGGUGCGGCGAUGGUGGGGAGAGGCGAACCAGGAGAUGGAGAGGGGGCUGUUUGCCGUGCUGAAGAGAUGCCGGGGACUCAAGAAGAUGCAUAUUCAAGGGAAGUGGCUCACACACCGCCUCAAACUCCCCGACUCUCUCUUCCUGCGCUGCCCGCAACUCACCGCUCUCUCCCUCCCUCUCUCCCGCCUCCCCUCCUCCCUCCUCCUCCUCCUCUCGCGCCUCACCUCCCUCGCCCUCGCCCUCCCAGCAGACCCCAUGCCACAACAGCUCUCCCUCCCCUCCCCCUUCGCCCACCUCCCCUCCCUCCGCUCACUCUCCCUGCACGUACAGGAUACCCUCAGCCCCUACUACCUCCCUAAGGAGGGCAGCAGCUGGAGCAGCGUAUCUGACGACCUGCUGCUGGGGCUGCCCUCCUGCCUCUCCUCCCUCUCCCUGCACCUCCCCACCUCCUCCAUGCCCUCUUCCUUCUCCUGCCUCACUUCCCUGACACGCCUCGACACCAACCUGUGGAUUCCGGGAAUGGAUGAAGAGGAAGAGGAGGAAGAGGAGGAGGAGGAGGAGGAGGAAGGGGUGGGAGAGGAGGAGGAAGAGGUGGGAGAGGAGGAGGAAGAGGUGGGAGAGGAGGAGGAAGAGGUGGGAGAGGAGGAGGAGGUAGGUGAGGUUGCGGCAGUGGAAGAAAGCAAUGAGGAGGAGGAGCAGAGCAACGGGCUUUGCAACGCAGGUGUUGCCUCGGGAGUCAUUGAAGAGAGACUGCUGCCUCUCUGCAACCUCACCUCCCUCUCUCUCCCCCACUACCGAUUCUUCCCUUCUCUAAUUCGCCACCUCACCCGCCUCACCUCCCUUUCCCUCCCAUCCCCCCACUUCUCAUACGAUCACCAAGUCAACAGCACCCCGCCCUGCUCCUUCCACCACGGCCUCUCUCGCCUCACUCGCCUGCAGGACCUCUUUCUCGCUUGCGACCGCCGCUGCGAGAGCUCCGACUCAGCCUGCCUGCCCCGCUUGCCCCGCCUGCGUCGCCUGCGCGUGCAAUUCCCUGAUGAAACCGUGAACGUCGCUCGGUUCAUCGCACACGUGGCAGCAUCCCUGGAGCAGCUUGACAUAAGAGCUGACUACCGCAACUAUACUUCAGCAGAUCUUUGUGGCAUGGCUGGCUGGACGGCGCCUGUGUUUCACAAGCUCAAGGUGCUGCAGCUGGUAACGUCAGGCCCCACUUCCAAUGUGGAUAUGUCGCUCUUCCCUGCCCUGGAGCACAUGGCUCUCGCUGGCAGCCGAUAUGUGUCCUGGAAGGUGGAGAACGGCUUCUCUGCCAACCUCCGCUUCCUGCACUUGGACCGUGCAAAGCUGUCGGGAUAUGACAAUGAUCGUCAGCUGACGCAGCUGACGGCGCUCACCACUCUGGUGGUGGACAACGCUGACUGCCGGGACUUCCUUGCAUGCCUCUCCUGCUUCUCCUCCGUGCACACCCUCCGCCUCUCCAACAUCACCAGAGGCUGCUCCCAGCCCUAUCUCACCUGCCCGCCUCGCCUCGCCACGCUUCAAAUCUGCCGCUGCGACCUGCGACUGCUGAAAUUCUCCCGCCUCACUCGUCUCGACCUCCUCCACUGGCGCCGCUUGCACUCUCUCCCGCCUUUCCUCUCCAAGUUCACAUCACUCCGCCAUUUCAGAGUCACCGCUGAUGGCCCCAUGCCCCACGUGCCUCCGUGCCUGGAAGAAUUUCUCAAAGGCAAGAAAUGGUACGAGCAUUCGCAUUGUGAUGGUAGCUUUGAGGAUUGA